AUGGGGAGUUUGGGGAAAGCAGUUUACACCUUGGGAUUUUGGAUUCGAGAGACGGGCCAAGCAAUGGAUCGUCUCGGCUGUCGCCUCCAAGGAAAUUACUACUUCCAAGAACAACUGUCUAGGCAUCGAACUCUAAUGAACAUAUUUGACAAAGCUCCGUCUGUCGAUAAGGAUGCAUUUAUUGCCCCAAGUGCCUCCAUCACUGGCGAUGUUCAAGUAGGACGAGGAUCAUCCAUUUGGUAUGGCUGUGUUGUGAGAGGGGAUGUAAAUAGCGUCAUUAUUGGGUCUGGAACUAAUUUACAAGACAAUUCCCUCGUGCAUGUGGCAAAAUCUAAUCUAAGUGGGAAGGUGCUCCCAACCAUCAUUGGGGAUCAUGUCACUGUUGGCCACAGUGCAGUUAUACAUGGCUGCACCGUUGAGGAUGAGGCAUUUGUUGGUAUGGGUGCGACAUUGCUUGAUGGAGUGGUUGUAGAGAAACACGCCAUGGUUGCUGCAGGAGCCCUCGUGAGACAGAAUACUCGCAUCCCCUGUGGGGAGGUUUGGGGCGGUAAUCCGGCCAAGUUCCUGAGGAAACUUACAGAUGAAGAAAUAGCCUUCAUCUCCCAGUCAGCCACCAAUUAUACAAACCUUGCAAAAGUCCAUGCUGCCGAAAAUGUGAAGCCCUUUGACGAGAUUGAGUUUGAAAAGAUGCUGCGAAAGAAGUUCGCCCGUCGUGACGAGGAGUAUGAUUCAAUGAUUGGUGUCGUCCGUGAAACUCCCCCAGAACUUAUUCUUCCAGAUAAUAUCCUACCCAAUAAAGCUCCAAAGGCUGCUCAAUGA